UCAAAAAUAACCUUGCCCUGGGUAUCCAAAUACAUUUUUUCCAUUGCUCUGCUUCAGUCCACUGCGAUCUAAGAGGGAAAUUACUCGAAUCGAAUCUCAAAACAGACAAGAAAUGAAGAUUCCUGUGUUAAUUGUGGACGCUUUUGCCAACAAACCUUUCGUCGGAAAUCCAGCAGCUGUUUGCCCAUUAAAUGAGGACAAUAUCAGCGACGAAGUCCUACAAAAAAUUGGAGCAGAGAUGAAUCUGUCAGAAACAGCUUUUAUUUCACCAAUCAAAGAAUCUGAGCAAAGCCAAUCAGAUUUCAGUACCAACUCCCACUUCAAGAUUCGUUGGUUUUCGCCCACAAUGGAAAUUCCGCUCUGUGGACACGCUACUUUGGCCUCGGCCAAGGUGCUCAUUUCUAAAUUUGGAAACACCAACGAGGUGAUCACGUUUCAAACGAAAACCUCCGGAAGCCUUCAAGUGCGUCAAGAUCACUCUAAUGGCAAACUUCUGCUCGUUUUACCUAAUAAUCCACCGGACGUGAGCAUUGAGGAAUCAGAUUUGGGAAUGAUGGCCUUGAUAAAGACUUGCAUAGGAGGUCUAAAGUAUUUAGAGGCGAAAUUAUCUCCCUAUGCCAACAACUGUCUAGUGAUUCGUCUGGAAGACUCUUGGACUCAAAGCGAAUUCGAAGCGAUUCAAGUGGACCCCAACAGCCUUCUAUCCGUCGAUACUCAAGGCCGAGUAGAGGGCAUCAUUAUGACCUGCAAGGCUCCUGAUACAAGCGAGUUGGACUUUUACAGCCGAUAUUUCGGCCCUUGGAUGGGCGUGCCAGAGGAUCCUGUCACUGGAUCUGCUCAUGCCGUUUUAGGCCCAUAUUGGCAGGCCAUCUUGAAAAAGGAUCGAAUGAAGGCCAGGCAAUGCUCCAAACGAGGCGGAGAGACGGGAAUUGUGAUGGCUCCAGACACCACAACGCUCAUUGCUGAAGCAUGUUUGGUCAUGGAUGGGCAUCUCAUUAUCUAGGGCUUGGCGGUGCGAAAACAGAGGCUGAUUUUAUCAUGAAUAAAAUUCAACUUGAAUACAA